AUGAGUCGAAGUAGGAAUGAACCCAUUGCAAUUGUAGGAAUGGGAUGCCGCUUCCCAGGCGAAGCCAGCACUCCUUCCAAGCUCUGGAACCUCCUGUCCAACCCGCGCGACGUUGCCCGCGACAUCCCCAAUACUCGAUUCAACCUCAACCGCUUCUACCACCCAACCGGCAGUCACCACGGGACCACCAACAUCCGCCAGGCCUAUCUGCUCACAGAAGACGUGCGCGAGUUUGACGCAAAGUUUUUCUCUAUACCCCCUGGUGAAGCCGAGGCGAUUGACCCGCAGCAACGCCUCCUUCUCGAAGUGGCUUAUGAGGCCCUCGAAUCCUCAGGUCAUACAAUCGCCCAACUGUCAAACUCGAACACAGGGGUCUUUGUUGGCCUCAUGUCCCAGGAUUACUUUGCGCUCAAUGGACAGGAUGUGAAUGCGGUCCCGACAUAUGCUGCGUCUGGAACUGCGGCCAGUAAUGCCUCCAGCCGACUCUCUUACUUCUUCAAUUGGCAUGGCCCAUCUAUGACAAUAGACACCGCCUGCUCAUCAAGCCUUGUUGCCGUGAAUGAAGCAGUCCAGGCCCUUCGGAACGGUACCAGCCGCGUUGCAUUAGCGUGCGGAACUAACCUGUGUUUGUCGGCAUUUACGUUCAUUACGCUGAGCAAGCUGAGUAUGUUGUCGCCGACCUCCAGGUGUCACAUGUGGGAUGUAGACGCAGAUGGUUACGCCCGAGGCGAAGGCGUUGCUUGCGUUGUUCUUAAAACCCUACGUGAUGCAAUUGCAGACGGCGACCAAAUAGAAGCCGUCAUUCGAGAAGUUGGUGUGAACCACGACGGGAGAACGAAGGGUUUGACGAUGCCCAGUGCUACGGCACAGGCGGCCCUCAUUAGAGAUACUUAUGCUCGCGCUGGGCUAGACCCGACGAAGGAGGAAGAUCGGUGUCAGUACUUUGAAGCACAUGGCACAGGAACUAAAGCUGGAGAUCCCCAAGAGGCAGAAGCUCUGAUGCGGGCUUUCUUCCCCGAAAGUGAUACAAAGGGUGAACUUUUCGUCGGGUCUAUCAAGACGGUGGUCGGCCACACUGAGGGCACAGCAGGCUUGGCAGGGCUCAUGAAGGCUUGCCUCGCUCUUCGCCACGCAACGAUUCCCCCUAAUCUACUGUUCAACAAACUAAACCCAGACCUUGAACCUUUCACAAGCCACCUUCAUGUUCCGACAGCCAGACACCCCUGGCCUAAACUGCCGUAUGGCCUACCCCGAAGGGCUAGCGUCAACAGCUUCGGCUUCGGAGGAACCAACGCGCAUUGUAUUUUAGAAACAUACUGUGGUCCGCCCUUUACUGACCCUGCCCCAUCACCAGAGGGGGCCUUGCCAACGCCAUGCUGUAUCCCCACCGUGUUCUCUGCAGCAUCCGAUCUGUCCUUGAAAGAUCUCCUCCACGCUACAUUGGCAUACCUGGAAGAUAAUACAGAAGUCAACAUCUGUCAGCUGGCAUACCACAUGGCCAGUAAACGAUCUGCCCUCCCGCGCAGACUCGCAUUAUCUGCUGCUUCUGUUGAUGAUCUCCGUGGAAAAAUCAAAGCCACAUUGGAAGCUUCUUCGAAAGAAGACACCAAUAUACCCUCGAUUUUAAAUCUGCCUGGAACUGCUUCAUUGCUCGGCGUUUUCACUGGCCAGGGAGCUCAGUGGCAAGGAAUGGGAUCCCAGCUUAUAUCAUCGAUCCCACUCGCCCGUAUAACCGUCGAAAAACUCGAUCUCUCCCUCUCAAGCUUACCUUCCUAUCACCGCCCAUCCUGGACUAUACUAGACGUACUGACCGACGGUACUAUGUCUAUUGGUGAAGCCUCUCUUUCUCAACCUCUCUGCACUGCGGUCCAGAUCAUCAUGGUUGAUCUUUUGCAAGCUGCAGGAAUCAAGUUUCGGGCCGUUGUUGGACAUUCAUCAGGAGAAAUAGCUGCUGCGUAUGCGGCGGGCUUUAUUACCGCAUGGGAUGCCAUUCGUGUCGCAUACUACCGGGGAUUCUAUGCUAAAAUGGCAGCCGGGCCUAUGGGAGAAAAGGGUGCAAUGCUGGCAGCUGGGACAACUUACGAAGAUGCCAGGGAGCUUUGCCAGCUUGAUGACUUCAACGGAAGGUUAUGCGUCGCUGCCCAUAAUUCCCCUACCAGCGUGACUCUCUCGGGGGAUCUUGACGCCAUUACCCAGGCACGGGCGGUGCUUGAAGAGGAAGAGAAAUUCGCCCGAGUCCUGAAGGUCGAUACCGCGUACCACUCGGCUCACAUGCUCAGGUGCGCUGCUCCGUACCUUGCCGCAUUGAAAGACUGCAAUAUACAAGUCCAACAACCUGAGCUGAGUGCACCACUGUGGUUCAGUAGUGUUCGGAAGGAUCAGGUUAUCAGUUCUUUGGAAGGUCUGGACGGCCAAUACUGGGUUGAUAACAUGGUCCAGCCCGUACUUUUCUAUCCGGCUGUGGGAGCUAGCUUGAGCCAUGAGGCUGUGGAGCAUGCCAUCAAUUGUGGCGUAGAGGUUGGACCACAUCCCGCUCUGCAGGUUCCUGUAAAGGACUCCAUUUUUGCGGCAGUGAACCAGGAAAUCCCAUAUACAGGCACACUGAGCAGGGGAAAGUCUAGUGCAGUGGCAUUUUCUGAGGCACUUGGGUUUCUUUGGGGUCUGUUUGGCCCGACCGUUGUGAAGCUUGGAGCUUUCCAGCAGACCAAUUUCCCGGAUACGCCAACUGAGAUGAUCCGCGGUCUCCCCACUUAG